AUGCGAGCAGUAGCGUUCUCGACGGCUCUGACGCUCGCCGCUGCCGGCCUAGCCGCGGCGGAGGAGCCGAAGCCCACCUUCAAGCCCACCGAGAUCAAGGCACCCUUCCUUGAGCAGUUCACCGACGAUUGGUCCCAGCGCUGGACAGUCUCGGAGGCAACGAAGAAGACUCCCGUUGGUGGCGAAACGUUUAGUUACGUCGGCAAGUGGGAGGUCGAGGAGCCCCUGGAGGUUAUCAUCGAGGGCGACAAGGGUCUCGUGGCGAAGUCCAAGGCUGCCCACCACGCAAUCUCCGCUCCUUUCAAGGCUCCCCUUUCCUUCAAAGACGAACCGCUCGUUGUCCAAUACGAGGUCAAGUACCAAAAGGGCGGCAACUGCGGCGGUGGUUACCUCAAGUUGCUCGAGGAUGGAUUCCAGACUAGCGGCAAGGAGUUCGAGGACAAGACGCCGUGGGUCGUGAUGUUUGGCCCUGAUUUGACCUGCCCAGGCACGAAGGUUCACUUCAUCUUCCGGCACAAGAACCCCAUCACUGGCGAGUAUGAGGAGAAGCAUCUGGCCCAGCCUCCUAAGCCUUCGAUUGAGAAGACCACCAACCUGUAUACUCUCGUUGUCUACCCUCAGAACAACACCUAUGAUGUCCUGUUUAACGGCGAGAGCCACAACACUGGAAGCCUGCUCGAAGACUUCAAGCCCUCGGUUAACCCUCCGAAAGAGAUCGACGACCCUGAAGAUAAGAAACCCGAGGACUGGGUGGAUGAGAAGAGGAUCGCCGAUCCCGAGGCGAGGAAGCCCGAAGAUUGGGACGAAGAUGCGCCGUAUGAGAUCCCCGACGAGGACGCUGUCAAGCCUGAGGGCUGGCUGGACGAUGAGCCCGAGACUAUACCUGAUCCGGACUCGGAGAAGCCCGAGGAAUGGGACGACGAGGAGGACGGCGACUGGAUUCCGCCAAUGGUUCGCAACCCGAAGUGCGACGAAGCUCCGGGAUGUGGUGAAUGGAAGCGCCCCUACAAGGCUAACCCGGCAUACAAGGGCAAGUGGUACGCCCCGAUGAUUGACAACCCGGCGUACAAGGGUGAAUGGGCUCCUCGCAAGAUUCCCAACCCCGAUUACUUCGAGGAUUCGCACCCGGCGCAAAGUCUUAACAAGAUCGGCGGAGUCGGUAUCGAGCUCUGGACCAUGACCGAGGACAUCCUUUUCGACAACAUCUACGUUGGCCACUCGCCUGAGGAGGCACGCAAACUCGCUGAGGAGACGUUCUUCGUCAAGAAGCCUCUCGAAACUGCCAAGAAGGCUGUUGUCGAUGACGAGGAGGAGGAAGAAGUUCCUUCAUUCUCGGAAAAUCCGACGGCGUUCAUCCGCUACAAGGUCAUAACCUUCAUUGAACAAGCAAAGCUGGACCCUGUUCUCGCCUUCAAGUCUCACCCUGAGACUGGCGCUGCUCUACUCGGCGUGACGCUGACUUUCCUCGGCAUGCUUGCGUCUCUCGUUGGCCUCGUUGGAGGCGCUCAGAAGCCAAUCACGAAGAAGACCGAUGCGCCAACACCAGAUGAUGCCAAGAAGACUGAGACUGCGCCUGUCGCACCGGCUGGCGAGGAGAAGAAGAAAGAGUUGAACGUGACGAAGCGCAAGUAG